AGCCCCCUAAAGAGGACCUUAAUGAGCGUCUGAAGAGACUGAUCAACGCAGCACCCUGCAUGCUCUUCAUGAAGGGAUCCCCCCAGGAACCCCGCUGCGGCUUCAGCCGUCAGAUAGUGGCGCUCUUCAAGGACCAUGCGAUCCAGUUCAGCAGUUUUGACAUUCUGUCAGACGAGGAAGUGAGAGGGGGGCUGAAGACCUUCUCCAACUGGCCCACCUACCCUCAGGUUUACGUCAAUGGAGAACUCGUAGGGGGACUGGACAUUGUCAAGGAACUCGCUGAAUCUGGAGAGCUGGAGAACACCUGUCCCAAGGCUGUCACACUGGAGCACAGGUUGAAGUCGACCAUCAACAGGAGUCCAGUCAUGCUGUUCAUGAAGGGCAAUAAAGAGCAAGCCAAAUGUGGAUUCAGUCUUCAGAUACUGGAGAUAAUGAACAGCUCGGGGGUGGAAUAUAGCACCUUUAAUAUCCUGGAAGAUGAGGAGGUCAGACAGGGUCUAAAGACAUACUCAAACUGGCCAACGUACCCUCAGCUAUAUGUCAAUGGGGAACUCAUUGGCGGGCUGGACAUUGUGAAGGAGCUUAAAGAGAGUGGAGACCUUCCUUCUGUCCUGAGGGGUGAAUGCUAGAUUCCUGUAGUACUAUUACUGUGAUGGGAAUGAGCUAUGGACUACUGCACUCUUCCUUCCUCUCUACCCUCCUCUUCCCCUCUCUACCCUCCUCUUCCCCUCUCUACCCUCCUCUUCCCCUCUCUACCCUCCUCUUCCUCUCUCUAUCCUCCUCUUCCCCUCUAUCCUCCUCUUCCUCUCUCUAUCCUCCUCUUCCCCUCUACCAUCCUCUUCCCCUCUAUCCUCCUCUUCCUCUCUCUAUCCUCCUCUUCCCCUCUCUACCCUGCUCUUCCCCUCUAUCCUCCUCUUCCUCUCUCUACCCUGCCCUUCCCCUCUCUAUCCUCCUCUUCCUCUCUCUAUCCUCCUCUUCCUCUCUCUAUCCUCCUCUUCCUCUCUCUACCCUGCUCUUCCCCUCUCUCUAUCCUCUUCCUCUCUCUAUCCUCCUCUUCCUCUCUCUAUCCUCCUCUUCCUCUCUCUCUACCCUCCUCUUCCCCUCUCUACCCUCCUCUUCCUCUCUCUACCCUCCUCUUCCUCUCUCUACCCUCCUCUUCCUCUCUCUACCCUGCUCUUCCUCUCUCUACCCUGCUCUUCCUCUCUCUACCCUGCUCUUCCUCUCUCUACCCUCCUCUUCCCCUCUCUAUCCUCCUCUUCCCCUCUCUAUCCUCCUCUUCCUCUCUCUACCCUGCUCUUCCCCUCUCUAUCCUCCUCUUCCUCUCUCUAUCCUCCUCUUCCUCUCUCUACCCUCCUCUUCCUCUCUCUACCCUCCUCUUCCUCUCUCUACCCUCCUCUUCCUCUCUCUACCCUCUUCUAUUCCCCUCUACCCUCCUCUUCCCCUCUAUCCUCCUCUUCCCCUCUAUCCUCCUCUUCCCCUCUAUCCUCCUCUUCCUCUCUCUAUCCUCCUCUUCCCCUCUACCCUCCUCUUCCUCUCUCUAUCCUCCUCUUCCUCUCUCUAUCCUCCUCUUCCCCUCUACCCUCUUCUUUUCCUCUCUCUAUCCUCCUCUUCCCCUCUCUACCCUCUUCUCUUCCCCUCUCUACCCUCUUAGGAUGAAAUACGUGGUAUAUUAUCCAUCCAUUGAUUUCUGAACAUGGCUCAGGUGUCCAAAUAAACCCGAUUGAUCAAAGUGCAUUCUGCCACCAGCUGCAAAUAUAAUAAAGUCAUCCAUGAUGCAACCUGA